CUCAUUGUUGAAGAUAGAGUACUACUUAGCAUUUAGCAUUAGCAACACCACAACCCCAUUUCUGUGUCACACACCAACACAACACAAAACAAACACUUUGCUUUGCUUUUCUUUCCCUCUUAAGAUUUCUGAAAAAAAAUAGGAAAAGAAAAAUAAAGCAAACGAGUGGUACUUGUACACUCUAAAGCCUUCCAUUUCAAUCUAUCCCAUCUACAUUCCAUUCUUUUUUUGACAGUUCUUAAAUUCUUACCCAACUUUCUAGGUGCCUUAUUAGAUCUUUAAAGACUGCCAGAUGUUCCACACUCAGAAUCUUUGACAGCCACUUUUGUUUGCUAAACUCAAGGCCAAUAGUCCCAAACUUAACAAAAAUACAACAGCAAAAAAAAAGUUCACAGUCAAUGUAAACCCACCCCAUGAUGAAACUUUAAUACCAACCCCAAAAUCUUGCAAAAUCUUGAAAAUCCCAGAAUUGGGUCUUCAAGAUUCAGUGAGAAUUCUACAAAAUAAUAAUAAUAAUAGUAAUGUCUUGUCAAAGCCACAACUUGGAGGGAAAGACAGUGACUGCGGAGUCAGCUGAGAGGGUGUGCAAGAUCAGAAAGCGAGGCUGCUCAUCUUCUUCCUCGUCUUCUUUGGUCCGUAGGUACAGAUUCAAGCGAGCAAUUCUGGUUGGAAAGCGUGGCGGGUCUAGCACGCCGUUCCCUACGUGGAAAACAAGCGCGAGAUCACCUUCAUUGGCCAUGGAAAACGCUGAAUUUCCAAAGGUUCCAACUACUUCUUCUAAAGGUAAGCAAGUGUCACUGUCUGCACGGAAACUCGCUGCUACUUUAUGGGAAAUCAACGAGGUUCCUUCAGCUUCACUCCAAGUGGUUAAGAAUAAGAAUCAUAUUAAUAGUAAUGUUGAGAAGCAAUUUACAAGCAGAGAGACAGUGCCUAAAUUGUCCUACCCUUUCUCAGAUCCGUGUCAUAGUUCUAUCUCAAACUCAGAGCCAGAGUUUUUCAUUUUUGGUAAAAUUGUGCAGAGGUUGGAGCGAUCUGGAGGUGGUGGUAGCAAUCAGAAAAGAACAUCAUCCAUAUCUCAGAGGCUUCAGUUGAGUGAUUAUUGCUUGGGAGGGUUGGAUUCCUUUAGCAAUGCUAGUUUGAUGGAGAUAGAAAGUCAUUCUCUUGGCAGGACUCAUGGAAUCAAGACCCGUUUAAAGGAGGUCAGCAAUGUUCUAACCACAUCUAAGGAGCUUGUAAAAGUUUUGAGUCAUGUUUGGGGCAUUCAAGAGCAGAAUUCAUCGAGCAUGUCUGUUCUCUCAGCCCUACACGCUGAGCUUGAUCAAGCACGCAACCAGGUGGACCAAUUGAUCCGGGAACAAAGGUCUAAUCGCAAUGAGAUUGAGCAUAUCAUGAGACAUUUUGCAGAAGAAAAAGCAUCGUGGAAAAUAAAGGAGCGAGAGAAGAUUCACAAUGCCUUAGCAUGCAUGGCAGAAGAACUUGAGGUAGAGAAGAAGCUUAGAAGACAGACAGAGAGAUUGAAUAAGAAGCUUGGUAAAGAACUUGCAAAUACAAAGUCAUCACUGUCAAAAGCAACGAAAGAGCUCGAGAGGGAGACGCGUGCAAAAGAGAUUUUGGAGCAAAUUUGUAAUGAGUUAGCCAGAGGUAUUGGAGAAGACAGGGCCCAAGUAGAAGAACUAAAGAGAGAAUCUGUAAAAGUUCGGGAAGAAGUGGAAAAGGAAAGAGAAAUGCUUCAGCUGGCUGAUAUCUUGCGUGAAGAGAGAGUGCAGAUGAAGCUCUCAGAAGCAAAGUAUCAUUUUGAGGAGAAGAAUGCAGCUGUGGAAAAGCUGAGAAAUGAACUUGAGGCCUAUUUGAGAACUAAUGUAUGUAAAGAAAAUGGUGAUGGUUCUCCAAAGUUUGAAAAGAUCAAGGAGCUUGAGGCUUACUUGAAGAAGAUCAAUUUUGGAUCAUCUCAAAUUGUAGAGAAAGAACACGAUGAAGGGGAAGUUGCGGAUGGAGAAGAGUGUGAAGGAGAUGACUCAGCUGACAGUGAUCUUCAUUCCAUUGAAUUGAACAUGGACAAUGACAAUAAGUCUUACAAGUGGAGUUAUGCUGGUGGAGAUGAUGCUCAAAAUGAUUCAAAAAGGGUAAUUGAUAAUGAAUUCAAAGGGAGGAAGUCUAUUUCUGAGAAAAUUCAGUGGGGAAGCAUUUGCUUAAACAGGGGAACUUCCAAUGGUAGGAAAUUGGACUUGGGGCGAAAAAGUAGAGACAAUUCAGAUGGGUUUGAUCAGGAGAGAUUAUCGGAGUUACUUUCACAAGCUCAAACACAAGAUCAUGACGACGAAAUAAAGAGAUACAGAUCUGUUAAGGAUCUUAGAGAUCACAUUUUAUCUGGUUCAAAAAUAGCUUUGGUGCAAAGCUUUGCCACUCCAACCUGGCAGUGGGACCAAUCCUUGCCUUUGCAAGGUUCUGACAAAGAAGCUUGGGAGACUUCAAUGGUGUUUCAGGGAGAUGAUUCAAAGCCUAAGCUAGAAGUAACAAGAGGUGAAUGUCAAAGAAAAAGUAACUGAAGACUAUGAAUAUUUUUUUUUCCUUUAUUUUCUUCCCACUGACCUAUGCAUUGCUUGCACAGUUGCAUGUUCUCAAACGUGUUCAAAGUUUUCAUAUGUCUUAAUUUGUGUCAUUGAAUUGCCAAUAGAUAGAAAGCAAAAAUGUAGAUAGAAUCUCAUAGAUGUUUUAUGUACCAGGUAAAAUUUAUCUGUAAAAAGCCUGCUAUAUGCCAAGAGUACCUUAGUUUUGCAGUA